GCAGAGUGAGGGGAAACGGAGGGAUUCCUUGGAGAAGUGGUGCGUCCUGGGGCCGCAGCUGAUGAAUGAAGACACAGUGCCCCUGGAGCUGAAAGGGGCCAGAGAGGGGCCGGCAUGGGCCCCGAGCUGCCUGCACCUUGGCUGCUGCUCUUCAUUUGGCUCCCAGCAGGGUGCCUGUCCUUGCUGGUGACGGUCCAGGACACAGAGCGCUAUGUCACCCUUUUUGCCUCCAUCAUCCUCAAAUGUGACUACACCACCUCUGCCCAGCUCCAGGACGUGGUGGUGACGUGGCGCUUCAAGUCCUUCUGCAAGGACCCCAUCUUAGACUAUUACUCUGCAUCGUACCAGGCAGCUUUAUCCCUGGGCCAGGACCCAUCCAAUGAUUGCAACGACAACCAGCGGGAGGUGCGCAUCGUGGCCCAGAGGCGGGGGCAGAAUGAGCCCGUGCUGGGGGUGGAUUACCGGCAGCGCAAGAUCACCAUCCAGAACCGAGCAGAUCUUGUGAUUAAUGAAGUGAUGUGGUGGGACCAUGGAGUGUAUUAUUGCACCAUUGAGGCUCCAGGGGACACAUCAGGAGACCCAGAUAAGGAGGUGAAGCUCAUUGUCCUACACUGGCUGACGGUGAUCUUCAUCAUUCUGGGAGCCCUCCUCCUCCUCCUGCUGAUUGGAGUGUGCUGGUGCCAGUGCUGCCCUCAGUAUUGCUGCUGCUACAUCCGCUGCCCCUGCUGUCCCACCCGCUGCUGCUGCCCUGAGGAAGCCCUGGCCCGCCACCGCUACAUGAAGCAGGCUCAGGCCCUAGGCCCCCAGAUGAUGGAAAAACCCCUGUACUGGGGGGCGGACAGGAGCUCCCAGUUUUCAUCUUAUCCAAUGCACCCACUGCUGCAGCGAGAUUUGUCCCUGCAAUCCAGCCUCCCACAGAUGCCAAUGACCCAUACCACCGCUCACCCGCCCAUCACCAAUGGUGUCCUAGAGUAUUUGGAGAAAGAGUUGCGGAACCUCAACCUGGCCCAGCCUCCACCCCCUGACCCCAAAGCCAUAUCUGGUCAACCCUUCAGCAUGCUGUCCUCCCUGGGCUCGGAGGUGGUGGAACGCAGAGUCAUCCACCUGCCCCCGCUGAUCAGAGACCUCCCAGCCUCGCAGAGGACCAGCAACUCCUCUUGCCAGCAACGGCUCACCCCGAUUCCCCCUGGACCCUGGGAUCUGAGGGAGAGAAGAAGGCAGCACCACUACUCUGAUUUCCACGCGCAGCUCCGGGACCGGGAGCCUAAGGGCUGGGCGUUGGAGCGAAGGGAGCUGAACCAGCAGCGGAGUGGAAGGUACCGCAGCUCCAGGCUCAGCGGGUCACCCACGCCCUGGUCAGACAGGGACAGCCUCAGCGACGGCCCCUCGUCCAGCGAGGCCCGCUGGCGGCCCAGCCACCCCCCUCUCCGGAGCCGCUACCCGGAGAGACCCCGCAGGCCCAGCCCCCGGGAGGGCGCCCAGAGGCACCGCCGGCGCAGGCACCGCAGCUACUCCCCUCCCCCGCCCUCGGGCCUCAGCUCCUGGAGCUCCGACGACGAGAGGGAGAGGCCGCCGUGGAGCAGGGGGCCCCGCCGCCGCCGCUCGCAGUCCCCAACCUGGCCCGAGGAGAAGCCACCCAGCUACCGCUCACUGGAUGUCACCCCAGGCAAGAAUGGCAGGAAAAAAGGGAGUGUGGAGAGGCGUUCGGUGAGCUUGGGGCAUCCUGCUGAGGGUCGGGCGUGGGCGGAAGGGACCCUUCAGCCGGGCUUGGCCACAGCUGACACAGGCCACCUCCCAUGCCACCGCUGAGGGUAUCUCCUCCCUUUUUUGCACAGCUUGCCCCAUGGGCUUGGUGAGCCCCCUUGUUAGAGCUAGAAGGGACCCAGUGAGGGCGGAGGGCGGGGGAGGGGCUCGGUGCUUGAGGCUGACAAAGGGCCCUGUCAUCCUAGUCCAGUCCUCAUCAGUACCGUGAGGCAGGUCAGGCAGCGUCCCCCCAUUUCACAGAUGAGGAAAUGAGGCUCAGAAUAAUGAAGCACCUUGUGAGUUGUGGAGCUGAGACUUGAACGCCGGCCUUCGCGGCUAAGGCUUUACUUCCUGUCAUAGCUACUUUGCUUUACUUAGCACCCCUAUUUCCAUACCCCAAAUUAGACCACGGCCUGACAGAGGACAUUUGUGCCACUUCUGCGGGCUGCACGUCAGUGUGCAAGGCCCUGUUGUAUUUGAUGAGCCCUCUGAGUCCCCCUGGAAAAGAUCAUUAAACUGAUUAAAAAAAACAAAACCCACCUGAUAUCUCAAAUAUGGGUCAAAACUUUAGGAUUCUGUGAAUAAACAAGGUGCCAGUGGGUGUCAGUCAUAGCUUACCAGCCUAAAAGGGGCACAAAGAGGGGCUUCUAAAUAUAGACCUUUUUUUUUAAGAUGUGACUUUUAAAAGAUCAUGUUAUAAUUAAUAUACCCAAAUGAUGGUAUUCCUUUAACGUUACCAUUUUGCAAAGUUAUGCUGCCAUUGCUCAAAAAUAUUUAUGAACUGCCUUCAGAGGCAACAUACAUGGCUACCCAUGAAAGUCUGUUUCUCUAUUUGACCAAAAUCCUUUUCUGUUUCGCUUCUAUUGAGAUAAAGGGAUAUGUAGUAGGCUCUGAGGGAAGUUCCCAGAAUAGAGGGAUUUUAUAGGAAAAAGAAUUUUAGUCUCUCACAUAUUUUGAAGGAUACAACUCUCAUUAGGAAAUGCAAGUUCUGCUGUGAUUUGUUUAAAAACCAAUCAUAUACAUGGUGUGUGUGCAAAGGAACAGGCAUGUUAUGAGAGACACAGCUCUGGUCUUUCUAGGGAAGAGCAUUGGUGAGAGAGUGAUUUCGAAAAAGGUAGCAAAGGCCCGCAGGCAUUUCUGAAAUAAUCAAUGGCAAUUACAUCGUAUUCUCACCGAUGUCCCGUGAGAGGCAAAGACCAGUAAUAAAGAAAAUUAGUAGUAUCCUUACUAAGUGGUACUGAGCUGAGGACAUUUAUGCAGCCUCUCAUUUAAUCCUUACGACACCCUGUACGGUUUGUACUAUUGUCUUCAUUUUUAUCGUGGAUACAGCUCUUUCUUUUUCCCAAGUAAGAAAAUUACAUCCUGAAAGAAAACACAGAACCAGUCAGACCCAAGACAGCUACUGUUACUUCAGUCAUAUAGUAACUAAACUGCCUCUUAUCUUCAUUUUAACAGAAAAAUGUAAUUUAAAAGCCAGUUUUUGGACCAAAACCCAAACCCUAUUUUCUUCUAAGUUAAAUUUUUUCUUUUAUUUUCUUCUAAGUUAAAUUAUGUGGGUUCUUAUAAGUGAGAGAAGGAUAAAAGGAACACCAAUUAUGUUCCAGACACUGGGGUAAGCCCUUUCGAAGCCUUAUUUCAUUUAAUCCUUGCAACAGCCCUGUGAGGCUCAGAGAGAUUAAGUAACAUGCCCGGAGUCACAUAGCCAAUAGUGAAUGAAGCCAGAAUUUGAACAUAGCCCUCUGACUCUCAAGCCUGUGCCCUUUUCAAUAACUCAUGCUGCCUCAUUAGAAAGAGAGAAGAGAAUUAUGUGGGGCAGUGCUGUUUUCUGGUGACUGUAUUUCUUCCUCGUUUUUGGGAAGUAUCACAGCUUCCUUUAUCAUCAAGCUGUACCCACCAAUAAUUCUACCACAAGGAAACCAAAUUUUCAAUUGUAAAGUUGCUCAUAAGAAGCAAAGAGUGUGCUCAAAAUAAUUUUAAAAGCCUUCAUUGUUUUGGAUCUACCUGAGCUUAUCUCCCAAAGAGUUAUCACUUUACUUUAUCACAUUCAACUGUCUGUUCAUAUUAUGAGGGACCAGAGGCCCAAGACCAAAGCUUGAUUUAGAAUACUAGUUGGUUUGAAGGCCACAGGUGUUUUGUUUGUAACUUGAGUUUUGAAUACCCUUAAUGAAGCAAAGUUCUCCAGGGCCAGAGUCUCGCUCUUCCCUCCUCUCCUUGGUGGGACUGGUGCUUCCCACACACUUUCUUAGCCUCUGAAGUCUAUGGAGCUUGCAGCCCACUUCAGAAGUUAUAAUACAACUGGGCCACUAGAUGGUGAUCUUUGGUUAUGUAUAACAAAGUUUCUGUUUACUCCUAGAGUUGAUAGGGUGUGUCACUAUUUUCUUAAAUCAAGCUUUCAGCAGUUACAGCUUUACCGUAACUUUUUACAAAGUACUUAUUAAAAGUACUUUAUUAAAUAUUCAGAGCAAUGUGAAUUCAUCAAAAAAUCUUUUGGCUCACGUGAACCUUCUGUCAAGAAUAAUGUUUAACAAGUAGAUCAAGGGACAAGGGCUUCCAUGAAGGUGAUCUCAUGGGACCCCGAAAUAGGUAAGAACUUUUCUCGUGCAGUGCCCAUGAGAAAAUGGAAGUGAUGUUGAGGAAUCUCCUAUUAGACUCCAGAACCAGAACUCCAGCUGAGAUCUUCUCACUUCAGGUCUAGUGGUCUUUUCACUCCAUCAAAGGCUACAACCUCAGAAAUAUAAGAAGCUGUAACAUCAAGCUUUAAACUCCAGUGGUUUCAGACUGAGUGGCCCCUGUGUUCCUGGCCUCCUUCAAAUCAAUUAUCUUUCCAAUCUUGCCUUAUCAGAUAGGGCUUCCCAAGGCAUUUCUGGUUUGUUCCAAACUUGGCCUGUACACACCUGUUCUAAUAUAAGAGAAAACUACAUCCUUUCCUCUCCAAGUUAAACUUUCUGUAGAGACUCCAAGAUUUUUUUUUUCAAUUUUUGCUUGACUCUUUGAUUCAAUAAAAGUUUUGUUAGAUCACGAUACUUAAUCUGUUUUCAGUAAAAUGUCUAGUCCUUGAUUAUGUCUAGGUUUUCCUUCAGCAAGCCCUGGAUAAGUUCCUUUGGCCCCAUUUCAUGCUUUCCUUUGUGUCAGAGAGCUUUCAUCCCACAGCAUUUUGAUUAGAAACCAUACCCCCUUAAACUCCCUUUCCUGAUAAAAUGGAAACACAAAUUUUUUAUAGCAACCUGAAUAUACAUAAAUAUACAGUGUUUUAAACAGUAUGUUUUGGGACAGAUACCUUAUUUUGCCAUUUCAAAUAAGAUAAGGUCACAUUCGUGGACUGCAGCUGUAGAUAUUCAAAACCUAAAUAAAAAUGCUCUCCUACAACACAUAGAGAAAUAUAAGAAAUGUAAACCAUAGUCCUUGCCCUCGUAGAGCAAGUUGAAAAAGCCGAGAGAUAAAGUAGAAUAACUUCUGAAGAAAAGCCACUGAGUUUGGUCAGGAAGAGGUAAUUAGUGAUCUUUGAAAAAUAACUUCAGAGAAAUACUAAGGUAUGAAGCUAAACUUUUUAGAAAAGGGCUGAGAAGGAAUGGUACAGGAGACUAUAAAUAAGAAAAGGAAAACUGGGCCAUGUCUUCAUAAACGAAUAGUAGAGAGAUGGACUGAUGAAUGGAACAGGGUACCUUUCUCCAGUCUAAGGGAGACUUACUUGACGAUGUUAAAAAUCUGCAAGAGGCAGAGUGAAUGAGACUGUAAGAAAUUUUCAGAAAUUAAAGGUUUUUGAGGGAAGCUCCAGAGAGGUAGGAAAGAAGAGAAACUUAAGCCUGGGGGAGAGACUGGCUUCAUGAAGAGUCAAGAAAUAUGUUUUAGAUUCAGAUCUGCUAUCCCAGCAGCCACCACUCCCCUAGGAUUUGCACCAGAAUCCAGCGUACCUUGUGUAUUGUAUGCAUAGACAAUAGAUCUCAACUGAUCUGAUUUUUUGUGUG